AUGAGCUCACCAACAAAUCUAAACUUGCGGCAUUUAGCUGAUACUGUCGAUCAACUUGCCGUACGAUUAUCAUCUAUUCAACCGUCUUCUCUUGAACAACUUGAAGAGUGGCGUGAAACAGCAUAUCGUUCUAUUGAUGAUUAUUGUGACAAGAAACGUCAUGAACUGAUUGAAAUGAAACAGGUACAUCAAAGAAAAGAGCUUGAUCAUCUUCGACAAAAAGUAAAUAAUUUAAUUGAAAAACAUGAUGAUAAACAAGAUCAUUAUGAUUCAAUUAAUCAUGAUAUUCAAUUGGCAGAGAUUAAAAUAAAUGAACUUGAGCAUCUUCGAUUAACGGUGCAUAAAUUGCCUAUUGAUGGUCAUCUUAUUGUUCGACGACAUUUAUUUCCUCUGCCUCAUCCUUGCAGUACAAUACAUUUAAAAGUUGGUUUAGAAAGUGCUGUUGGUACUAAUAAUAAACAUCUUCUUGUCGAUCGCGAAGGUAGACAUUUAUGUUUAUUGGAUCGAAAUUUAACUGUUGUUAAAGAAACAUCAUUUACCCAUGAUGGUAUUCAUGGUGCUUUUUGGGCAUCAACAAUAGCUCGAUUUAUUUUUAUUACUUUUAAAGAAAUUUUAUUACUUGAUGAAACGACGAUGAAGCUCGAGACUUGUCCUAUUCCAUGUAAAGUAGAUUGGUGGAGAGGUACUUGCUCGGAAGAUAUUUUAUUCUUAUCGACAGUAGAAUGGGGUUCAUCGAUUUAUGAAUUUAAUCUUCGAUCAUCAUUUAAAGCAGUCAAGGAAUGGCAUUCGCCUGUUACCUGCAAAAAAGAAGAGAUUGUAUGUGAUCUUAAGUACAAUAGUGGUUUUCUUGCUAUUCCAAUUUUUAAUAAACAUAAAGUAGAGAGUCGUUUUGAAUUACGUUCAGCAGCUACACUUGAAUGCAUUUGGUCUGUUCGUGCUCAUGGCCGUUGCCGUUGUUGUUCCAUCGAUAUGGAUCAAUGGUUAUUGAUGGAUCAUGAUGAUUGUCGAUUCUUUCAUAUUUCAGCUGAUGGAAAACUAUUAGAAGCAGACAAGUAUGAUCAGCAUGAACAACUCGAGGAUAUUAUACCGUGGGGUAAAGAUGAUGUUGUUGUGUUGACAAAGAAGGGUAUCAACUUACAUAAGCUUAACUGA